GUGCACCUGCCAAAGUAAUAUUUGGGUAAAUUUAAGUUUCUGAAUCUGUGGUAUCCGUUAAUCGACACAACAAAAUGCUGCAAAUUCGUUGCUCCGGCACCCCCUACGAGAUCGGUCGCCAGCAUGGCACCGCGGCCUGCGAUUUGGUGGCUGGAAGUCUCGAAUUCUAUCGCCAAUAUUUUCUAUCAAUGUCACAGAUGGACUGGGAUACGGCCAAAUCACAUGCCGUGAAAUUCCUCCCACUGUUGCAAAAAGAGUGGAAUCACUAUAUCGAGGAAAUCAGAGGAAUUGCUGAUGGUUCAGGACAAACAUUCGAGGAUGUUCUUGCGAUUAACGUUCGUACAGAAAUUUCGAUGGGUUUGAUGGCGGAUGGCUGUACGGCGUUUUACUGGCAUGGUGGGGAUGUUUCAAUUGCCGGUCAAAACUGGGAUUGGGAACGAGCACAACGCGAUAAUAUCAUUGCUUUGUACAUUGAGCAGAAUGGCCGACCAAGUAUUAGCCAGAUAACUGAGGCUGGUAUUAUUGGAAAGAUUGGUCUUAACUCAUCUGGUGUGAGUGUAACUCUAAAUGCAAUACGUGCGCGUGGAGUGGAUUUCAACAGGCUCCCGACUCACUUAGCUCUCCGUGCUGUGCUGGACAGCAGGUCUCGGAAGGAAGCAAUUGAUGCAAUAACAAAAUCCGGAGUUGCCUCAUCUUGCCAUAUACUAGUUGGGGACAGUACUGGAGGUACGGGGCUGGAGUGCAGCUCUGGCGAUGUACAGUUUUUGGAGAUGAGUGACGGUAAAGUGACACAUGCAAACCAUUUUUAUGUUCCACAUAUCAACAAUGUUAAGGAAGCCGUCUUCCUUGAAGAUUCCCCCUAUCGUGGGCGCCGUAUCGACGAGCUUCUUCUAAAGGCUACUGAAAAUGGACAGCUUUUAAGUGUCUCUGUGGCAGAGCAUAUUUUGGAAGAUAAAGGCAAUUAUCCAGGUGCAAUCAACCGAGGCUCUUCCAAAUCGAGCGCAGUGGAGACCCUAUUUAGCAUUGUCAUGGACCUGAGUUCAAUAUCUGCAACGGUUAGGCUGGGAAAGCCAACAGAAGCUUUGGAAUCAUUCAUUAUGAGACCUCCAAGUAGCUAGAUCUUGGGCGAGUUUGGUAUUGGAUAAUAUUCAAUACAACUUAAGCUCUCUUAUGACGUUGUCUUACAGACCAGCCCUUCGACUGAUGAUGUUUCAAAUCUCCAUCAACUGAAAACUAGAGUCCACUGUAAUCGAGACUCCUUAGUCAAUUCGUGCAUACAAAGCAUCGUCUUCAGCAUCAGUAGAUGCGUCAAGCUGGUAUUGCAGUAGAAGAGAAAUUCCAUAUCUCGAAUUAUUUCCUAAUGCGAUACAGGCAAAGAACACCGUAAUGGAAUCACCAUGAAUCUUUCCUAUGCAUUGAAUAUCUA